GGCUGAACCCACCUUGGCUUGUGCGUAGUCAUUGGCUGCCUAUUAGAAUAAAUUGAGGACAAUGCAUACUGCUGCCUGCCAAUUGUAAACAUAAGGGAUAUGUAUUCACUUAGCAUUGACUUUUGGGAGGGGCCAAGGAAAAGCUGUAGUUUUAUUGAAUAGGGCUGUGUGUGAGGCUGCUGGUGUGCCUUUCUUGCUGUGCUCCUGCCCAAGCAGCCAGUUAUUCAUUUCCUUCCUACUAGUUGAAAACUUUUCAGCUGCAGAGGUACCAUACUGUGAAUUAUUGUGCCUGUAUGGUUUGCUGUCAAAGAGCCUUGGGACCCUGCAUCCAUUCUUCCUCUGUGUCAUUAAAUGUAGCAGUAGGUUCUCUGUGAGCACAUGCAUCUGCAAACAAGUUUUAUACCUUUUUCUCCCAUGAUGGAGAGAGAGGAUGGAGUCCUAAAACUGCAUACACCAAAACCAAGGAAAUGGACUGCUUUAACAUAAAUUACAAAAGGAGUGAUGCUUCAAGGAAUGAUCACCUCUAAUUUCUGGAGUCAUCAUUUUAAAUUAAUCAGCAGCUGGUUUGUUACUGAAAAGCUCAGAAUACUUCCUCUGAUUUCCUUCCUAUUUGGGUCUUUCCAGAGCUCUGAACACUUGAACACUCACCAUGGAUGACUUUGAACGCCGCAGAGAGCUCAGGAGGCAAAAGCGUGAGGAAAUGCGACUUGAAGCAGAGAGGCUGUCUUACCAGAGGAACGAUGACGAUGAGGAAGAAGCUGCCAGAGAACGUCGCCGACGGGCUCGACAGGAGAGGCUGCGGCAAAAAGAAGAAGGGGAUCUAUCAGGAGAAGUAACAGAGAAAUCAGAAAAUGCCCAAAACAGUGUGGCAGAAGAGGAAACCAAGCGUACAACAACUACAGCAGGAACAGAUGAUGAAGCUGCAUUGUUGGAGAGACUGGCAAGACGGGAGGAGAGACGCCAAAAACGUCUACAGGAAGCCCUGGAACGUCAAAAGGAAUUUGACCCCACGAUCACAGAUGGGAGCUUGUCACUGCCCAGCAGGAGAGAAGUAAACAAUGUGGAAGAAAAUGAGACCACAGGGAAAGAGGAAAAAGCUGAAACACGCCGAGGAUGCUAUGAGAUUGAGGAAACAGAAACAGUUACCAAAUCAUACCAAAGGAACAACUGGAGGCAAGAUGGGGAAGAAGAGGAAAAAAAAGAAGGAAAAGACAAGGAAGAGGUACAGGAGGAGAAACCAAAGGAGGUCCCCAUAGAGGAAAAUCAGGUAGAUAUGACAGCAGAAAAAUCCAUAGAUAAAGAAGAGGUAGUAGAAACAAAAGAAUUAGCUGAAAACGCAGAGGAACACAAAGCAGAGAAUGAUGUAAAUGCUGUGCCAGAAGGGGAGAAGAGUGUAACUGAUGAUGAGGAGGCAAAGGCUGAGGAAGAAAGGAAGAAAGCAGAAGAAAGGGAGAAAAUUGAGGCAGAAGAAAGGGAGAGGUUAAAAGCAGAGGAAGAAAAGAGGGCAGCUGAAGAAAAACAGAAAGCAGAGGAGGAGAAGAGGGCAGCUGAGGAAAGAGAGAGGGCUAAGGCAGAAGAGGAGAAGAGGGCAGCUGAGGAAAGAGAGAGGGCUAAGGCAGAAGAGGAGAAGAGGGCAGCUGAGGAAAGAGAGAGGGCUAAGGCAGAAGAGGAGAAGAGGGCAGCUGAGGAAAGAGAGAGGGCUAAGGCAGAAGAGGAGAAGAGGGCAGCUGAGGAAAGAGCGAGGGCUAAGGCAGAAGAGGAAAAAAGGGCAGCUGAGGAAAAGGCUAAGCUAGAAGCAGAGAAAUUAAAGGAAAAACAAAAGAUGGAAGAAAAGAAAACAGAAGAUAAACAGGUAAAAGAGAAGAAAGUACAAGAGGAGAAAUCUCAACCAGCUUUCCUAAGAAAACAGGGGGAAGAAAAAGAGGUUAAAGUGGAAGCUAAUAAGGAAAAGUUACCAGAUGAGAAGCUCCGACCUACUUCCAAAAAAGAUCAGGUAAAAGAUGACAAGGAUAAAGGAAAAGCACCCAAAGAUGAAAUGAAAAGUAUCUGGGAUCGUAAGAAGGGAAUUCCUGAACAAAAGGCACAGAACGGAGAACGUGAACUUGCUGCCCCAAAACUUAAAUCUACUGAGAAUGCUUUUGGCCGCUCCAAUUUGAAAGGGACUGCAAAUGUUGAAGAAGCAAAGCUGGGGUCCAAGGAGAAGCAGCAGGAGGCAGCAGCAGAGCUGGAUGAACUGAAGAAAAGGCGGGAAGAGCGACGGAAAAUCAUGGAAGAAGAGGAGCAGAAGAAGAAGCAGGAGGAGGCUGAGAGAAAAGCUAGAGAGGAGGAGGAAAAGAAGAGGAUGAAGGAAGAAAUUGAAAGGAGAAGGGCUGAAGCUGCUGAGAAACGUCAAAAAGUGCCAGAAGAUGGUGUAUCUGAAGACAAGAAGCCAUUUAAAUGUUUCAGUCCUAAAGGUUCAUCUCUGAAGAUAGAGGAGCGAGCAGAAUUUUUGAACAAAUCCGCUCAGAAGAGUGGUAUGAAACCCACCCACACAACAGGAGCUGUCUCAAAGAUUGACAGUAGACUUGAGCAAUACACUAGUGCAGUUGUGGGCACAAAGGCUGCAAGACCAGCUAAGCCAGCAGCCUCAGACCUUCCUCUUCCAGCUGAGGGUGUCCGUAAUAUCAAGAGUAUGUGGGAGAAGGGGAAUGUUUUUUCAUCACCCUCUGGGACAGGAACACCCAAUAAGGAAACUGCUGGACUGAAGGUUGGUGUCUCCAGUCGUAUCAAUGAGUGGUUAACCAAGACCCCAGAAAGCAACAAAUCACCUGCUCCAAAACCUUCUGAUUUAAAACCAGGAGAUGUAUCCAGCAAACGUAAUCUCUGGGAGAAGCAGUCAGUUGACAAGCCAGCUGCUUCUUCUAAGGUAUCAGCUAUGGGGAAAAAAUCAGAGACUAAUGCAGGUUUGAGACAAUUUGAGAAAGAACCAUAGAAGGCCACUAAAGGCGCUGGACCAAUCAGUUGGGGGAAAAAAAAAAAGGAAAAAGUGCUAAAUUGUUCUUUUUAUAUUUAUGUUUAUUUACCAAAAUGUCUUUUUUUUUUUUUUUGCAUUAUCCCAGUUAAAACCAUGUAUAUUAGCACUGUAUUUAAUAAUCAGUCUAGACAUUCAUCAUAAUAGUACUGCCUUUGCACAAGAAACCCAUGCUGUGAAAUAUAUAGACUCUCCUACUGAUAAUCCUAUCUAUGUAUCCAAACAGUGAUUUCAACUGGCCUAAGAAGUCAACCCAAAAUGCAUGUAGAGCGAAGUUGUUUAGGAAAGGUGUGCAGUAAACCUAUAAAAACAACAGUUACUUUUGGAAUACAGAAGUCUUUCUUUCUGCACUUUAGACUAAGGCAUGGAAGAAAUAUCUUUAGUUGACAAUGUAAUAUUUUCUGUAAGUUGCCCAAGUGAUGAGAAAUACUGCAUCAAUAAUGUGUUUUAAUUUUUUUUUAUUUUAUACUUUUUUUUAAGUAUCAACUUUUCCAUUCUAGUUUAAGUUAAUACCUAUAUUUGGAUGAUUAUGUUAACUGACAGCGGUACUGAUAUUUUUUGUUGUUGUUAGUAACUAGUAAUUGAAUGCAAUUUAGAAUAUUUACACACAUAGCUUUACAAAGUUUAGCCUAAAGGCACUACUAAUGGUAGAAUGCUUUAAUACGUGCUAGAGUAUUAUAUUUAGUCAUAAACAUACAUAAUUAGCCAAUAUCACAGCUUAAAAAAAUAAAAACAAAAUCACACACUUUUCUAUAGUAAGAUUUCAUAAUUGCCAUUAGAGGUAUGGUGAGAUAACUAUUAAAAUUUUAAAUGUCAGUUGCCCAGUAAUGGGUAAUUAAAAAGAAAGUUAUAGUUUUUAAAGAGGAAAACAUAAGGCUACAGAGGGUCAAAAAUAGGUCACUUGUAUAAAACAUUGCAGUUUAAUUUAUAUAAAACUAUCAUAAUUCAAACAAGCAAACAAAAAAACCCAAAGCCAACCAACAAACCAAAACCCAUCACAGUUGGAGCUCGUUUCAAAUGACUGUACACUAAAUCUUGCCAUCCAUCAGUGCCGUACACUAAGUUCACCUAAAAUGAAGUAAACCUCUAUCUUUAUAGUGUUUCUUUUAACUCUCUCCUGAAUAUCCUAUUUACAAAUGUUUUUAUUUGUAUAUAGUAAACACGUGGCUAUAAGACGUCAGCUUGGUUGGAAUUUCAUGACAUACAGUUUCACAUUUACAUCUUACAGUGUAUGGGUGGCAUAAACUGAGCAACUGAAGUCACCCCAGAGUAUGGAGUUAAUGGUUUGGUUGUGCAUCAGAACUACCAGGAUCUCCAUUUUCACCACUUCCAUCUCUUACAGCAUCCUGCUUCUUCCUGAAGAAAACUAAUGUUAUAUUUCAACCCAAAGAUGAGCUCCCCUGCUUGGCUGAAGCAUCUUGCUUACACACAUGCACAUAGUUAUCUGUAGGGGGUGAAACUAUGCCUGUCGUUGUCUGUGAGUUGUCAUGUUUUGUUUGGGGGUUUUGUAAACACUCCUUUGAGUCUUUCAAAUACAUUUGAUAGCUGCAAUAAAAAUUUGUUCAAACAAUGUAUUCUGAAACUGCAUCCACAAUAAAUGGAAUAUUUCCAUCAGCA